CAAGAAAAAACAGCAACAACAAAUAUUGUCUUUCUACAGUAUAUAUUUACGGGUUCAUGAAUUAUUCCUUUUCAUCUCGGAGGUCUUGCCGCACGGUGACAGAUGGCCGCGCCGGGUUCACGCUGGACGUUUACCUCGGCCGCCAUCUGACGCCCGACGUCGGCGCCAGAAUACCCUGGCGACGCGCGGCGCUGUGCUCGAGGAACAGAUGAGCCCCGGCUUUUGUUUUGUAGCUAUUUCAACCUUUGUCUUUGGAGCGGUGGGCCUCAAGGUCAAAUAUACGUAAAACAGGUCAACUCACUAGUACUCUGAAGAUUUCCACUUAAGAAAGUAGAAAAUGCGGUUCCUGGAGAAAUUUCCUGGGGAUGCUCGCUCUUCUGCUCCGUUGAAUGGCUCACUUCCUGUUGCUUUUUGCUCAUGUAUUGCCGAUUUUUGGACAAGGCAGAUUUUUGGGCAUUUACAGGUCAUUUUCUGUUGAUUUCGGGGCACUGCUGGGUCACAUCCCUUUUAUUUUGGGGCUAUUUUUGUAAUGAAUGGAGCCAUCGGAAUGCAUGCGCACACCUUGAAAAAUCCAAAAAGUGACCUUGAAGGCGACGCGCCUGAUAAGUUCCUAAGUGGAAGCUAAAUGCGUCCCGGUGACGUGAUAAGACCUCCUCCGUGAACGACGGCCCGUCACCAGUCCGGACUUUACCGACCGAACGCACUCUUCGGACGGCGGAAGAUCUGAGCGCGCUCUUGCUCGAAAUUGUUUUGACAGCAUUUUUGGCCACAGUACAUUUGAAGAACAACUUUACAAGGAGAGCUCUGAGAGGCCACCACAGAUGGAGAAAGAAGCAACCAUUGUGGAGGGAGAGGAAGUUCUUCAACGGAACAUCAUGGCAGGUGUGAAGUUGGAGACAGAAGUUGAAGAAACGACCAGAGAAGAGGUCGCAACCACCUUCACGUCUCACCUUGACACGAGUCGCACGGGCCAGUAUGACACCGUGGACCUUGAAGAGAACGCACGAACUGAGGGAGCUGAAGUGGCAAUGGAUGGGAAGGACGACCAGAAAGCAGUUGAGGCCCUUGGCGGCAGUCCGGUUCUCCCGGACCCGACGUUCAACAGGCGAUGCGGCCUCCUGGCUAGCGAGGUCAAGUAUAGAGAAGAGGCGCAGCAAAACAUGCAGAGCAGCUUGUACCAUCAGCUGCCCGAAACGCUACACACUCAGAUGGCGAAGCGCACGUCAAUGCUGCAAAGCCAGAUCAAAUACAAGUCGGCGGGCGAGAAGGAGCUUCGCCGCUCUUUGUACUCGACCCUCCCCGUCACCUUGGAGACGCGUCACGCCAAAGACGCCGCCGAGCUGCUCAGUGAGGUGAAGUACAAGUCGAGCGUCAAGAAGGACAUGGCCGCCUGCCUGUACUCCACCUUACCUGACACCUCGCAAACCAUCUUCAGCAGAGACAUGACGGACCUGCAGAGCGAGAUUAAGUACAAAGAAGACAGCAAGAGAAUCCUCUCGCAGAGUUUCUACUCUCAGUUGGACAAAACCACUGAGUCCGAGUUUGCUAAGAGUGUCGCGGAGCUUCAGAGUGAGGUGAAGUACAAAGAAGACGCCCAGAAGGAGAUGUCCUCCUCUUUGUUCUCCAAACUGCCUGAGACACUCCACACACGGCGGGCCAAGGAGCUUACGGCGCUCCAGAGUCAGGUGAAAUACAAAGAAGGUAACAAAGAUACGUCCUCAGCACUCUACCACCUCCUGCCGGAGACGCCGGAGACUCAGUUUGCCAAACACGUCUCGGAGAUCCAAAGCCAGAACAACUACAAGAGUGACCAAGAGGACUUGUCCGCCUCAUUGUACUCGCUGAUGCCAGAAACGGCGGACACCCAGUUUGCCAAAGACAUGGCCGACACGCACAGCCCGGCUAAGUACAAGCAGGAAGCCAAGCAGCAGGCAGCGUCAUCUUUGUACGCCAAACUGCCCGAAACGCUGGAGACCAAACACGCCAAAGAAGCUGCCGCACUCCAGAGUCAAAUAGAGUACCGAGCGGAGGGCAAGAAGCAGAUGACGUCGUCGCUGUACUCGCAGCUUCCCGACACUUCCGAGACGCAGCUGGCCCGGGAGGUGGCGCUGAUCCAGAGCCAGAACAAGUACAAAGAAAGCGGCAAAAAAGCGCAGUCCGUCAGCUUGUACUCGCAGCUACCGGAGACCAACGACAUCCUGCUUGCCAAAAGUUUGUCCGAGAUCCAGAGCGAGAACAAAUACAAGGAGGCGGGCCGGGAACAACUGUCCGACUGUCUAUUCUCUAAGAUGCCCGACACUCUGGAGACUCGUCACGCUAAAGACGUGUCACGACUUCAGAGUCAGGUGGGCUACAAGCAGGAGAUGGGCAAAACGUUCUACCACCAGAUGCCUGAAGCCACUCACACCGCAUCGGCCAAACAGCUCACUGAAUUGUACAGUCAGGUGAAGUACAAAGAAAACGGGAAGAGAGAGAUGAGCAAGAACUUGUACUCGCUCCUUCCCGAGACUCCCGAGAUGCACUUUGCCGAACAUGUGUCGGAGAUUCAGAGCCAGAAGACGUACCAGAAAGACAAAGAAGAACUGUCCAACUCGUUGUUCUCCAUCCUGCCUGAAACUAUGGACACUCGCUUUGUGAAGGACAUGGCAGAUACUCACAGUCAGGUGAAGUACAAGGAGGCGGCAAAGAAGGAGGCCAGCGGCGCUCUCUACCAUCAGCUACCCGAGACUGCCGAGACGCUUCACGCCAAAGAGGUUUCUCGGCUGCAGAGUCAAAAUGAGUACAAGCAGAGCGGUAAAGAAGCCGCCACGUCCAGCCUGUACGCUCUGCUGCCGCGGACGGCCGAGACGACGCGCGCCGCCAAAGUAUCGGAGAUGCUGAGCGAGUUUAAGUACAAGGAGCAGAGCGUCAAGAGUCACGCCCGCAGCGCCUACAGUCAACUGGCCGACACCGCAGAGACGCGACUGGCCAGGGCUCUCUCGUGGAUGAUCAGCGAGACCAAGUACAAGGAGGCCGGCAGGAAGGAGGCGGCCGACUGCCUUUACCGCCGAUUGGCGGAGACCCCGCAGACGCGACACGCCAGGGAGGCCACGCGACUGCAAAGUCAGGUUCUGUACAAGUUGGAAGCUUUGAAGGCAAAAGGCAGCAGUCUGUACUCUCAACUUCCCAUCACACGCCAGAUUGAGUUGGCCAAAGCAGUCACGGAGAUCCAGAGUGAGAAUAAAUACAAGACGGGAGGUGGAGAGGAAAGCGGCAGCGCCUUUCACAAGAUGGCCAGCACCAACCAGACGGAGUUCGUCAAGCGCUUGACCGACAUUCAGAGUCAGAGCAAGUACCGGAUGGACAAAGCCGACCUGUCCGCACCGCUGUUCUCGUCGCUCGCUGAGACUCUUGACACGCGCUUGGCAAAGGACGCGAUGGACUUGUUCAGCCAGCAUCAUUACAAGGACGCCAGUAAAAAGGAGAUGGCCAACAGUUUGUACUCGCUGCUGCCUCACACCAAAGAAACGCAGCAUGCUAAACAACAGAGUCAGCUACACAGCCAGAAGUUGUACAGGGAGGAGGGCAAGAAGGAAGCCGCCUGCAGUUUGUACGCCCAAAUGCCUCAAACCAUCGAGACCGUUUUGGCCAAAGAGCUCAGCAGGAAUCAGAGCGACAAAUUCUACAAGGAGAAGUACAAUCAUGAGAAAGGCAAGUCGGACUACGCCAAUAUGAAGACGCUACCAGAAGUGGAGCACGCCAUGGACGUGAACAAGAAGCAGAGCGACGUCGGCUACAGGAAGGGGAAGGAGGAGCUUCACCGCUACAGCUCCACGGCCGACAGAGCGGACAUGGUCAACGCCGCCAACGCUGCCAAACUGGCCAGCCAGGCGGCAUACAGGAGUGAUGUCAAGCAGCCGCUCGUGGGUGACGCUUCUCUUCCGGCGCGCUCGGACAUUUGUCACGCUAAAGAAGUUUCCAAACUGGCCAGCCGGGUGGAGUACAAACAGGCGCUCGGGCGACCUCGCUACAACCCGCUGGAUUGCGUGUCCUUCAAACAGCAGCAAGCGGCGGCGGCGCUCGCCAGCCAGGUCAAGUAUAAGAGCAACCAGAAGCAGAACGCCGAAGAUUCUUUUGACCUGCCCAACCUCCUGCAGCUAGAACACGCGUUGCACGCCAGCAUACUGCAAAGUCAUGUGGAAUACAAGAAGAGGCACGGGCAAAACAAGACUCAAUUCCACCUCGCCCUGGACACGGCGGAACAGCGCCACCACAAGGAGAACUUGGUUCUACACAGCCAGGUCAAGUACCGGCAAGACUACGAAAAGAACAAAGGUCGCACCAGUAUGGAGUUUGCGGACACGCAAACGUACAAAGUGCAGAAGGAGGCGCAGAAGAUGCAAAGCCAGAGGGAGUACAAGCGUGACUAUGAGGAGCACAUGAAGGGAAAAGCCUUGGUGGAGGUGGAGCAGACGCCGGAGUAUCUGACGGCUCGUCAAGCGACCAAUCUUCUCAACGAGAAGGAGUACAGGAAGGACCUGGAACAGGAAGUGAAGGGGCGGGGCUUAUCCGGCCUGGGCUUAGAGGACACGCCUGAGCUGCUCAGGGUCAAGCAAGCCAAUCGCAUCCUCAACCAGAAGGAGUACCGCAAAGAUUUGCGAACGGAGGUGCUGGGUAAAGGAAUGCAGCUCAGCCCCGACGUUCUAGAGGUCCGGCGGGCCAAGAGGGCGUCACAAAUCCAGAGUCAGAGCUCCUACAAGCAGACGGAGCAUCUCAAGGAGAACUCGUACGGAACCAUCACCGACACUCCGGAACUUGUGCACGCCUCCUACCUCAAAGACGUCUACAGUCAGAGGAAGUACAAAGACGACGCAGAGCGCACGAGAGGUCGCUACGGCGCACUGCCGCUCACACCGGAGAUGGAACGGGUGAAAGCCAAUCAAAGAAAUGUCAGCUCGAUGCACUACUGCUGGGAUUCCAAGCUAAUGAGAGGGCUGAUUUCAUCCGUCACCGACACGCCGGAAAUUGUCCUCGCUAGAGAGAACGCCAAGAAAAUCAGUGAUGUGCAGUACCGACAAGAGUCGGGCAGUGGGACCGCCGUCGCGGAAACACCCGACAUAAAAAGAGUCCGACGAAACCAGGAAAACAUUAGCUCUGUAAAGUACCAGCGUGGGCUGCAGGAGGUCCGGGGGCGGAGCUGCACCGAGCUGGACACCCCCGAGUACCGACGGGUCAGGAGGUCUCAGGACUCUGUUUCCACGGCUAAGUACCAUGAAGACUUUGAGCGGACCCGCGGUCGCGGUUCUACGGACGAGGAGCGCUACCAGCGAGCCAAUCACAUGAUAGCGGACGUGGGACCCAACCAGAAGAUGGAGACCGACAGGCGGCCCGGAGGUAUCAUCGUAGAUAUGAAGUUGUGGAGAACUGAUCCGGGCUCCAUCUUUGACUUUGACCCUCUGGAAGAUGACGUCCAGUCCAAGAGCCUGCGCAGGAUGUCCGAGCGGGCCGAGCGCAGGCUGAGCAGGCCUCAGUCUCGGCAGUCCCACAGCUCGCUGACUUCUGAACUUUGGGAUAGGAGCAGCUGCGACACACCGGCCCCAGUGCUUCCCGGAGCGUACCACCAGGGGGCGCACGUGCAGCCUUCGUAUCACGGCUACAUGCAUCAAACCAGCAUGUCGUCCGUCCGAUCCGUCACUUCGCCGCCACAACCAUCAGCCAUGCGUGUUUACCGGGCGCUGUACGACUACGCGGCGCAAGACCACGACGAGGUCUCCUUCAGGGACGGCGACGUCAUUGUCAACGCGCAGCCCAUCGACGAGGGUUGGAUGUACGGCACGGUGCAGCGUACCGGAAAGUCCGGCAUGUUGCCCGCCAACUACGUAGAAUGGUGCAACUAGUAGUAUAUUUUUGGGGGGGGGAGUCUGUCUUAGUAUUCUGUUUGAUUUCACCAUUGCAAAGAAAUUUGGUGAACAUAAGUCAACUGUUUCUUUAGUUUUGGGAUCAUUUGAAUUUAAGUUUAUUUGCAAGUACUCUGCGUAUUAAUGGCAUGUUAUUAUCUCGCACUCAAUGUAUCGCUGUAAUUCAUAUGGCACAUCAUCAUACAUCAGAGAAAUAAAAUGGCGUUUGUCAGCACAAAUAUGGUUUUAAUCACUGACUGCUCUGUUUCAUUGCGGCGCUAGACGUUAAUCUCUUAACUGGGAGGGCCGAAUGAAC